CUGUAACAUCAAAUCCAAUAGCUAAAACAGCAGAAGAUCAGUAUAUAUACUUACUGUCAGAUUUUGAUUUCCAAUUUUUCUAUCGUUGAGAGCUAAUUUUUUUAUAUACACUAUAUUCUUAAAGGUAUCACUGUUAUAUUUUAAUUGGCACCCAAAAAUACCAUAAUGUUGAACACGGUCACUGGGUUGUGGCCACGGUGGUGGGAUGCUAGCAACGAGAGACAAAAACUGUUUCUCAUCAUUGCAAUCACCAUAAUAACAAUGUUCUGGUUCUUUUGGAACAAUAUCAAACCAAAGAAGGCAGUCGCUGCUCCGUUUCCGCCAGGUCCUCGUGGUUUGCCAUUAGUUGGAUACCUUCCAUUUCUUGGUAAUGACCUCCACAAGAAGUUCACUGAACUAGCUGGGGUCUAUGGCCCUAUCUACAAGCUAAGGCUCGGAAACAAAUUGUGCAUGGUGGUUAGCUCCCCACCACUAGUCAAAGAAAUUGUUCGUGAUAAGGAUACCAUAUUUGGUAAUCGUGAUCCACCUAUUUCCGCCCGGGUGCUCUCAUACGGCGGAAAUGAUAUCGCUUGGUGCUCUUACGGUCCCCAGUGGAGAAAGAUGCGCAAGGUUUUGGUGCGCGAAGUGCUAGGCAAUAACCUAGAUGCUUCCUAUGCACUGAGAAAACAGGAGGUUAAAAAGGCUAUUAGAGAAGUGUAUGAUAAAAUUGGCAGCCCUAUUGACUUUGGUGAAGUGGCAUAUGUAACAAGCCUAAAUACUGUCCUGAGAAUUUUGCUGGGGGGAGGCACAAUCCAAGGAGAGAAAUGGACUCAUUUCGUUGCACAGUUUCGGUGUCAUGCAGCAGAGAUGAUGGUGCUAAUUGGAAAACCUAAUGUUUCGGACCUUUUCCCCGUGCUGGCUAGGUAUGACUUGCAAGGUAUAGAGAGACGAUCAAAGCGAUUAGCAGUCACUUUCGAUCAAUUUCUUGAUUCUGCAAUUGAGCAACGUUUGAAUGAAGAAAAGGCACACAUGGAUGUGAGAGAAGACUUCUUGCAGAUUCUCUUGGAUCUUAACAAGCAUGAAGAUGCUGCAACAUCAAUUACGAUGGACCAACUCAAAGCCAUGCUACUGGAUAUUUUCGUGGGCGGCACUGACACAACUACUACCAUGGUCGAAUGGACAAUGGCACGACUAAUGCAACAUCAAGAAGUAAGGCAAAAGGUAUACCAAGAAUUACAGGAAGUUGUUGGAGCGAACAACAUUGUAGAAGAAUUCCACUUGCCCAAGUUACGGUAUUUGGAUGCUGUGAUGAAGGAGACAUUUCGUUUGCAUCCUGCACUGCCUCUCUUAGUGCCCCGUUUUUCAGGGCAAUCAUGCACGGUGGGAGGGUAUACCGUUCCUAAGGGUACUACAGUUUUCUUGAAUGUUUACGCUAUUCACAGGGAUCCUAAUCUGUGGGACAAUCCCUUGGAAUUUAGACCAGAGAGGUUUUUGAAUGAUGAAACCAGCACAUUUGAUUACUCGGGCAACAACUUUCAGUAUCUCCCAUUUGGAUCCGGAAGAAGGGUUUGUGCAGGACUCCGUUUAGCAGAGAAGAUGCUGAUGUAUUUGCAGGCUUCAUUGUUGCACUCCUUUGAGUGGAAGCUGCCAGUUGGAGGAGUGCUGGAACUAUCUGAUAAAUAUGGCAUCGUUGUCAAGAAAAAGAAACCCUUAAUAGUUAUCCCAACACCUAGGCUAUGUAAUUUAGAGCUUUACUAGACGGUGGAAGGACCUGCAAUCUACUUUUUUUUU